AUGGAGAAAGUUUUGAAUAUUCUAUGUCCUUGUGCUGAGCUAAAGGCAAGUCCACACAUUGAAACAAAGUUAAAGUGGUGGAAAAUACAAUAUAGUAUAAUUUAUGACAUCAUAAAUACAAGUGGAUUUGCAUGGAAUGAUGUGAAAAAAUGCAUUGAAGUUGAUAGUAAUGAAGCUUGGGAGACUUAUGUGCAGCACCACAAGAAUGCAGUUGAAUGGAGGAACAAAUCAUUCCUAUUAUUUGAUAGACUUGCUAAUUUUUUUGGAAAGGAUCAUGCUAAUGGAAAAGGGGCUAAAGUCCCUAGUGAGAUGAUGGAAAAGCAAGGGAAUAAUGAAGUUGAUGCUAGUGAUGACAAUGAUACAGAGGAAAAGAGGAAAACAAGAGGAAAAGAGGCUCAAGUGAUGAAGACAGAAUUGUGA